CCGGCCCCCGGCCUAGAUGGAGGUGGAUGGUGGAGGUUUGCAGUGGUGCUAGUGAGAGUGACGUCGAUCGCCGCUACACACAAAUAAUCCGCACCGACACACAACGCCAAAGACCGGACGGGCUUUUGCUAAUUUAUACCGAGGAAUCGGCAACAAAAUCGGGCGCCGCGUCCACGACGAUGACACCCGAGUGACUGACAGAAGUGCACCCCUUCCGAAUCGGUUCGCGAAUUACAAUGUGGUGCUUCUGAGCGGCAAGAGAGAAAAAACAAAUUCGCCAUGAAGUCGACGUUGAGCAAAUACUUCAUGUGGAGCCUCGUCUGGAUUCACGUGUGUCUGCAGUUCUCUGUCGCGAUCGCGGCAGCGGUUUUCACCGACAACUCGGUGGACCACGAGGGUGCGUCGAGCAACCCGAUGCUGCACCAGCACGUCAAGAGGUUUAGCGGAUUAUACACAGGGCCCUACUUCGACACGUCCAUAGCCACCAACAUCACAGCUCAGCUCGGCACCCACGCGUUUCUUCCCUGCAAAGUCAAGCAGCUAGGCAAUAAGUCGGUAUCGUGGAUACGACGGCGAGACGCGCACAUUUUGGCCGUGGACCGGUACACGUUUAUCGCUGAUGAGCGUUUCCAGGCGUUCCACGUCGAGUCGACGGACACGUGGACCCUGCAAAUCAAGUACGUGCAGGGUCGCGACGCCGGGAUGUACGAGUGUCAAAUCAGCACCGAGCCCAAAAUGAGCCACUUCAUCACCCUCAACGUCGUAGUGCCCAAGAUCGAGAUCAUGGGCGAGACGGACAUCUACGUCAAAACGGGCAGCACGGUGAAUCUCAAAUGUGUCAUCACGCAGAGUCUGGAGGAGCCUGCCUACAUCUUCUGGUACCACGACAACGAGAGAGUUCUCAAUUACGACAAGACACAAAAGGAGAUCAAGGUGGAGAGGGUCGACAAGGACACCACCAUCGGCACCCUCAUCAUCUACAGCGGCCGUCGCGAGGACUCGGGCAACUACACCUGCGCCCCAUCCAACCUCGACUCGGCCAGCGUCUUGCUCCACGUCCUUAAUGGCGAGCACCCGGCCGCGAUGCAGCGGGGCAAGAACAGCGCCGCGCCGUGCUCGUGGAGUCACCUGUCGGCAGGCCUGGUGCUCUUCGCCUGCUGUUCAACCCCCAGGGCCGCCCUGGCUACCCUGCUGGCGCUCGGGGUGGCCGGACACUUUUUGGGCUGGGCGGGCACAUAAUUGGCGGCGCCCGCCUCGGCUGCGACACUCAUUGAACGGCCUGCCUGAGGAUUCAUCACCCCCACCAUCAAAAAAACACUCAAGGACUGAAGGAACAAAUGAACUCACACCCCCGAACCACCCCCUCGAUUGGCACACUCGAAAAUAAUCGGAACCCCGGAAGAGAGUCGCCGGCGGCGUUCGGUGCUCGCCGGCGGCCCCCCUGUGAAAUUUAUCCAGAGAAAUGAUAUGAUAAUUUCGCUCUUUAUACAUAUGUAUUUCACUCUCUGCAGAAUCCUCAGCACAAUCAACGAGUAAACAACUUGUAUUCAUGCAUGUUUGUGUGUGUAUAAAAAUGGGUGGGAGCUGCAAAUAUUAAAAAAACAGACUUGAUUCGUUGGUGUACACACGGUAUGAAUGGCGCGCGACGAGUGCAAAUUUUACGACUGUCCACAUUGCCAUUUUGUAAUUAAAGAAGCAACAACAGCAAAAAAGUAAAGAACGAGACGAGUUGUUUCCUCGCGUCGUUUCUCACAUUCAUCAUUCGGGAGUGAAAAGGGCAAUUCUGUAAUUACGAUGAAAUAGAAACACGAACACUCACAAACACACACGCGGAAAAGUAUGAUGUGUAGAUUGUAGGAACAGCAG